ACUGCAUGGUCCAUCCUGCCCUUUGUGGAGGAAGGUGCCUUCAUACUUGCCUUCAAACCUGGAUCUCUGGAGAUAACUUGUCCGUGUGGUUGAGGUAGUUGCAAAUCAAGGCCCAAUCUGCACCUUCAGAGAUGUACCAGAGUUUAGCAAUGGCAGCCAACCAUGGCCCACCAGCCUAUGAAGGGACCAGUAGUUUUAUGCACACCGCAGCUGCUUCUUCUCCUGUCUACAUACCAACCACAAGGGUCACUACCAUGAUCCCCAGCCUGCCUUACCUCCAAGGGAGUGGUUCAUCCCAGCAAGGCAGCCCAGUAUCCAGUCACUCCAUUUGGACUCAGCCUGGAGCUGAGACUGUUGCUUACAACCCUGGAUCUUCUCAUCCAUCAGUAUCUCCAAGGUUCUCCUUUGCUACCAGCACCCCCAUCCCAGCAACUACUUCCAGAGAAGCAUCUGCUUAUAGCAGCUCUCUUAGUAUCUCGGCCAAUAGCAGGGACCAGUAUGCUCGGAGUUUCAGUGGCUCCUAUUCCAGUCCAUAUCCAGCAAGUUAUAUGACCCCAGAAUUGGGCACCAGUUGGACUUCAUCUCCCUUUGAUAGCCCCAUGCUCCACAACCUUCAGAAUCGGAGUACUCCAGGAGCUUCAAGGCACACCAAUAUAGAGUUUUUUGAUGAUUACUCCGAAGGUCGGGAAUGUGUCAACUGUGGUGCUAUGUCCACCCCACUGUGGCGAAGAGAUGGCACUGGCCACUAUCUUUGUAAUGCAUGUGGACUCUACCACAAGAUGAAUGGCAUUAACCGGCCACUGAUCAAGCCCCAGAGGAGGCUGUCAGCCUCCCGUCGGAUUGGACUGUCAUGUGCAAACUGCCAUACAUCUACAACCACACUGUGGCGCCGAAAUGCUGAAGGAGAGCCAGUCUGCAAUGCUUGUGGCUUAUACAUGAAGCUCCAUGGGGUUCCAAGACCUUUAGCUAUGAGAAAAGAAGGGAUCCAAACCAGGAAGCGUAAACCAAAGAACUUGAGCAAAUCCAAGACAUCAGCAGGAUCAGCCACCAAUGAAAGCCUCCCCACUGCAAUUAGCUCAGCCCCCUGCACCAGCACAACCACCACUACUACUGCUGAAGAAAUGCGCCCCAUCAAGACAGAACCAGGGAUCUCAUCUCAUUAUGGACACCUGAGCCCUAUUCCUCAGGCAUUCUCUGUUGCGGCAAUGUCUGGGCAUGGACCUGCUCUUCACUCCACUGUGCCUACUCUCAAACUUUCCCCACAGGCUUACCAAGCAGCCAUCAACCACUCUCCCCAGCCUAACACCAAGCAAGAUUCCUGGAACAGCCUAGUCUUGGGGGAAACACAUGGAGACAUCCUCACAGCUUAACAAUCUUUUGCCUCCUCACCCCCUUCUAAGGGAGUUACCAAGCUUAGGACUCGUAAGCGAUGGGCAACUAUCAAGCAAUACUGUUUUGUUCUUUUUCUUUUCCUGUUUCUCCCUCCCAUCCUUUGUUUUUGACUAGUUCUGGUCUUAGAAGAACCAUUCCAAAUUUUUUUGGCCUGUUCGAGUUCUAUUUUUAAGAAAUCCUCCAGAUAACCUGGACACCAAUAUUACAUGUUUAUACAUAACUGAUAUACAGAGAUGUAAUAUCAAAUGGUAUGUUUGUCUAUGUGUGUAUAUGUGAAGGGUAUGUAUGAGCUAGAAAAGAAAAUUGUAAUUGCAGCUUUCCACAUGUUCAGUCUUCAAUCAUCUUUUGAAAAAUGAAAGAAUGUAUAAGCCAGCCCAUAAAAAUAGAAUGGAUGUUAAAAAAAACAUAAAAAAUAAAACAAAAACAAUAUAUAAGCCAGCAAUAUCCCUAAACUUUGUAUUGUGUAGGAUCAGUGGCUAGUGGCCUUUAUGAAAGAUCUGAUUUCCUGAUUUGGGAUGUGAUAGCUAUCCAUCCCAUGCUAAUUCAAAGCCAGAAGAAAAGAACUAGCAGCAUCUGCUGAAAUGUGAUAGCUACCUAUCCCGUUGCUAAUUCGAAGCCUAAAGAACUAGUAGUAUAUGCAAAGAAGAAUGGAAAAAAGGCUAGUUGCUGGCAUAGGCUUGAGUUUUGGUUUUCUAUUUCCCAUUUUGAUUUAUAAAAAUUAUUCUUCCCCAAAGAGACUGCAGAUCAAAAUUUAUUAUCUUUGAUUGUAAGAAACUCAAAUGGAUGUUCAAGGAUGGUGGCCCACAAGAAUCCAGAAGAAAAUGGAGGUGUGUGGUUGGCAAAUUCUGCAAUCAAUUGUGAACUGAGGACUCCAGAGUUGUUUUUUUAAAGUAUGGAACUGAGCAACAGUUUUGUCUUCAAACAUAGCUGCAAUCCACUAUGGCUGGUGGAUUCUAGCAAGAAUGUUGUGGAUCCAGCAAUUUUAUGACUACCAGCAGCACACUGGUGUUAAUUUAAUUGCUUUUCUGUCAACUUGAUUAAUCCCCCCUCCUUUGCUAUUAAUAAAUCUAUUUUUCCUUUCAA